UUCAUCGUUCGCGAACUUCUUUGUAAUGCGCUCGAUUGGAGAUGCCGGGUUGUGUUUUUUUUUAGAAUAGCGUAAUAGUACACCUUUUCGGCCGAGCCCUAAUGAACUACUGUUCCAGUUGCACCGGUCUUUUUAUUAAAGUGGGUUAGCUCGAUCGGUGAUCUAUCGUAGGGAAGGGAUGCAGUUGGCGAGCUCUCCUCUCUUCCCGAGGGACGUUCUAAAUGGAACCGUAUUGUGAAAGUGGUGCGGUAAGGGAAGUGUAUGCAUUCCAGAUAUGAUGCGUUAGGAGGAUCGACGCGGAGUUCCUACGGUAGCUCGUACUACCCGAACUUUUCUGGGCUUUUUCGAUGUGAAGGAUGCAGCAGCCGCACCUUGAAAAUGCGAGCACGACAGCGAAUGCCACUACCUCCAACAAGGUGUUGGAGGAGCAGAGUGCGAGCAUAUUCGAAGAGCUUGUGGACGACGUCAUACUGGGAGCCUGCUUCGAGCUUCACCGUUCUGUCAACUUGGGCAUCUUAUUUUUGGACGAAGCCACAGAUGACGAAAAGAAAUACGAAAUAGUGGAUGAAGUAGGCUUGGAUGUUUUUGGUCAAGUUCCUCUGAAGAAGCAGUUCGAAUGCGUGUGUCCAAACUGUCAAAGAAAUUUAGCUGCGUCGCGCUUUGCGCCACAUCUAGAAAAAUGUAUGGGUAUGGGAAGAAACAGCUCAAGGAUCGCGAGCAAGAGGAUCGCAAACACUGGUAGAGCAGAAAGUGACGUAGACGAUUAUGACAAUGACAGUGACUGGAACUACCUGUCUGAUCGAAAACCAGCCAAGAAAAGGAAAGAUAAAAACUGCCCACGAAGAAUUAAAGGAAAACCUAAAAAUGGUGAACAAGCAAGCACUAGCAGCACAUCAGGAGAGACCUCAAAUAGCAUAUCAACUUACGAAAGCCUUUCUAUGGAGGAAAGAAAGGCCUUGUUGACACAGAUGUGCGGAGUGAUCUCAGAGCACACGAAAAAAAUGUGCACCCGUUCCCAGCGUUGUCCACAACACACGGACGAGCAACGGAAGGCAGUCAGGCAGUUCCUUUUGAAUCAAGCCACUGGCACACACUCUACAGACACUGGUGAUGAAGUGCACAUUGACGUCGACACAUUUGACGAGACCGACAACCAUGCACUGCACGACACGAUCGGGCAGAUGUGGGAAACCGUCAGUUCCACCAAUUCCUCCCCUGCAGAUGGCAGCUUUCAGGGAAACAAUGGUGCCGUGGGAAAAAAGAAGGACAAACGUCUACAGCCCUUCAGCAGCUCAGUGAAGAAACCCAACAAGUCUCGGCCCAGCAGCAGCAGUGGUGGCCCUUCAAGCGCAGCCGCCGAACCAGUGGGCUCCGAUCUGCUUUGACUGGGAGGGGUGAUCGUGCCUCAGUGCCAAACGUCUCGCCCGUGCGGUGUGAGGAAUGCUUUUCACUUCGCAUCUCGUUGCUGCAAUGCCUUGGUUUUCCACAAGAAGGAUUCUCAGCAGCUGCCUUCCUCGUUAGUCAACCAGUCGUCACGCUGGGAAAAAGCAUCAGCCCCCUUGCGCUCUUCUGUGGUGUUUGCGGCUGACGACCACGUCGCAGCAACACAAUGUGUAUUUAUGGCUGUGGUAGUUCCAUGCCGCCCUGUGCAAAACUCUCCCUACGUUAGUGCGAGUUGUCUUGCACCUCUAGCUAUCUCCUCUCACUGCGGUUACGGGGCAUUGUCAUGGGUAGAAAAUGGCGAAAGAUUUGGUGGCUUUGUCUUUUGUUAAGAGCAAAGAAACGCAACAUGCGUUCUUUCAUUUUCAACGGGACGGCACAGUGUUCUGCUAUAUUUCGGAAAACUUGAGAGCGACAUCUUUUGGUCAUUCCCUCGUCUUUGUUGCAAAGGUUCUUGGAAUUCAACAGCCAGUGUUCAUUGGCAAAGGUUCUUGAAAUUCAACAGCCUGUGUUCAUUGGCAUUUGCAUCCUUCAUUUUUUUCUUGUGUAUAUUGUUGGAUGCAUCCAAUAACACUAGAUUACCCCUGAUCGGAGAAAGCACUGUCACUCUGCUAGGCUCUUCCAUUAGUUAAUGUCAGGGCCAACUAUUUUUGCAUUUUUUUUUUCCUUUGUUCUCAAUACAAAGGCAAGAGGGGAUGGAAAUUGUUGCACCUUGUAAAUGUGCGCAGGGCAAGACUUACAGCUCAGGUGUAACAGCUUUUUAUUUUUUUUCCUCCCUCCAUGGGAAGAGGGAACAAGUGGACACUGGUUUUGUCUUCUCACAUUUGUUUUGUCUGUGAUAUUCGCAGAGGCAACCAGCUUGUUCUCUCUUACUUCUCAUAACAACAAGGUCACGAAAGUGUGUGUGUGUGUAGAGGCAUGUGUGCUGUCGGGAAUCUCUUGUUGUUGUAAGGGUGGCACUGUCAUCAAUUUCAGUAGCCUCUGUUUCAUUGUUUUGUUGGUUGUCUUACGUUUGUUAAGUUGUGUUUUUGUCUAUGAGUACUGAACCUAUCCUCCUUCGUUUAAGUGAUACUCCUUGGUUUCACUAGGAAUAAGCUGGUAAAUUGUGGAGGGUAGUCUUAACACAAAGGUGUUCAAUGACCAGCAAUCUGAAAAGGCAUUGCUGCCACGUAAGAUUAGGCUUCACAACUUGGCGGACACAAUGUAAAAACAAGAGUGGCGCAUUGUACUUGUUCUUCAAUACGAUGUAUGAUGUGGAUUGUGUUACACAUUGCUCAGUAUAACCAACAAUUUCUUUUUUAACAGGAAAGCAUUUUAUGUGGCAGCAGUAUCGUACUGGCCUCUAAAAGGACAAAACUGUGUGAGAAAAGCCUUGGAUUUUUUUUUUUUUUUUCAGUGCAUGUAACAACAUAACCAAAUACUUGAAUGAAGCCGACACAGUGUGAUCGUUCAUUAUUUCUUUCCAACUGUGAUAUGCACAGGAAUGUGUUGACGUGGGAUCAUGUAUGCUUGGAAAGGCAAAAAGUGUGAAUAAAGUUGCCUCAUUUUGUACUGCCACCAUG